AUGUCGUUCCCGUCAUUCCGUCUGAACAAUGGUCUGGAUAUCCCGGGACUAGGUAUCGGAUGUUGGAUGGGAUAUGUCGGCCAAGGCGAGGACCAGGAGGUCACGAAUAUGGUGCUGAACGCGCUGAAAGUUGGCUAUCGGCAUAUUGAUACGGUAAGGAAUGAAAGAGCGGUAGGCAUUGCCCUGCGAGAGGCCGGCAUCCCCAGAGAACAUAUCUUCGUCACCACCAAACUGACUGGAGAGCAUCACGCAUGCGUAGCCAAAAGCCUCCAGAAAAGCCUGGACAACCUAGGUUUAGACUAUGUCGACCUGUUUCUCAUGCAUUGGCCGCAGGCGCUGAAGGAGAAUGGUUGGUGGGAGGCGCUCAAACCGCAUGAACGCCCGACCUUUGUGGAUACCUGGCGAGAUAUGGAGAAGUUAUUGCCGACUGGUAAAGUCAAGAGCAUCGGGGUAUCCAACUUCAGUAUGAAGACCCUCGAAGUCCUCUUAAAGGAAGCCAGUGUGGUGCCUGCUGUGAAUCAGGUCGAGCUCCAUCCCCUCCUUCCCCAACUCGACCUCCUCUCCUUCUGCUCCUCACAUGGCAUACUUCUUACCGCCUACUCACCUCUCGGCAAACACAAACCCAUGCUAGUAGAACAUCCCUCAUUGCAAGCAAUAGUGCAAAGUUGGAAUGAGCAAUGCGAAAUUGUAACGCCAGCCCAGGUCCUCCUGAGCUGGUCUGCCGCGAAGGGGAUUGUAGUUGUCCCGAAAUGCAGAGACGUCGGCCGGAUGAAGGAGAACAUGAAGUUGGUCAACCUCACUGACGUGGAGAUAGCUGCGCUCGACGGGAUACACACAGCGCCCGGUAUGCACAGGAGCGUUUGUGGAUUCCAUACGAGGGUGAGGGACGAUUCGACAGGCAAGGAGACGGGCGGGUGCUUCGGGUGGACGUAUGAACAACUUGGCUGGGAUAUGAUGGAAGGCGGGGUUAUGCGUGGUUAA